UUCCAAAGUGGUUUGGGAUUUUUUUUCACAUUUCAAGUUUGUUUGAUUUUGGGCAUCUUAGGGAGGUGUUUUUCCCAACAUAUAGGAAAGCAAUGUCGAGACAGAUGGAACAACCAUUUGAAUCCAGAAAUAAACAAGGGUGCUUGGACCAAAGAGGAAGAUGAGGUUCUUAUAAGUGCUCAUGCAGUAUAUGGAAACAAGUGGGCUGAAAUGGCAAAGCUUUUGCCAGGAAGGCUGGAGAAUUCAAUAAAAAAUCGUUGAAAUUGCUCUCUCAACAAGAAACUUGCUAACUCAAUGGCUUGUGGUUUCGCUUUAAAUCAUCCGGGAUUCGAUAUCCCUGCUUUGCAUACUCCUGGAUCACACUGUUUGUCCAACCAGAAGUUGGAUAACAAAAGGAAUGAAGAUUCGGGUUCCCUUGAUUUGUUUCUUCGAUACCCAGAAAGUACUCGAAGUCAUCUGCAGUCUUCUGAGAAUGGAUUUUCUACAAUUGUUCCAAGUGGAAGGGCAAAUUAGCCAAUGAAACUACUAUCAUCUACUUGCAAUCUGACAGAGAUGUUUCACAAUGGAAGUCACUGUACCGACAUAUCAGAAGUUAAGCAGUCCAAAGUGUUAGACCAUGGUUAUAUUCAUAAGCAGGAGCUAAGCAGCUCCUUGCCUCAUGCAGUUUCUUCAAAAUAUAAGCCAAAAUGUAAGAAUUCUCAUGACAAUAGAACCAGCAAAAAGGAGGCAUUUCCCUAUUCAACCUUGCCAAAAGGAAGGAGUUAUAAAUGUGAUUGCAUUGAAGUGCACCGAAAUCUGAUAGAUAAAUCUCAUGCAGGCUUAUGCUAUCAGCCACUUCAGGAGGAUGAUAUGAAAAUCUACAUGUCAAGUGGUAAAUUUCCAAGUACGGAUUGUUAUAUCAGGCCACCAAUUUCCACUCCAACUAGUUGUAUGAAAGUAACAUCAGUUUCAUACAGCAGCCCAGAGUCCAUUUUGAAGACUGCAGCGGUAAGUUACGAUAACAAGCCAUCCAUUAUUAGAAAACGAGCAAUUCAAGUUUCUCAACAAGCAUGCAGUAAAAGUAUUUCUGGUACACCAGAUAAAAUUAUGGAUUCUUUGAGCAACUUGCUUCGGGCAGCACAUAAAAAUCCAAAUACAGUGGACGACCAAUAUCAAGCUUUGAGACGACCUCUCCAUUCUUCACUCAAAUAUCAGAAGCUUGAAAAAAAUGAUGCUAUUAAAUCUGUGGGGAAAUGCCUGGAACGAGCAUUUGACGUUUUGUCGGAGUCUGAAAGUACUGACAUAAAAAAUUCGGUUGUUAAUUCCAUCCAUGCCGAUCAUGACUCAGAUAGCUUGACAAGAUCUUCUUGAAUUUAGCCAUUUUUUCUACAGAGAAGUAUGUGAUUUCACUCAGUGGCAGAACUUACCUUGGCACACCCCCAGUCUACAAAUAUCUUCUGCUAGUCAGUAUGGAUCCAUAUGAACUGUGGUUUACUUACUAAUUUUUUUAAUUAAUCCUUGUUUACAAAGGAAAUCGACAAUGCUUUCCAUUUAAAAGAUUAAUGGAGAAUUGUGGCAAUGAACUACUUGGCCUACUGUCUGAAUCUUGCUGAAUUCCAGUUCCCUUUGAAGUUGGUAUCGAGAAAUUUUAUUAUAUAAUAAAGUUAUUAAUUCUCUACUGACUUAUAUAGAUUAUACUGUAUAUUCCAUUCGGUCCAAAUAUGUCCAUCUCAACUCUCACUCAAAGGGCAUCAUACUGUGUAUAGACCUUAAUUUUACAGAGUAAUUAGCUUAAUAAAGCAGUUCCUUUUCUAUUUAAUCAGUUACUAGUGGUAUGUCUACUAGGUAGAGAUGGAUUUGACUGAUGAGCUAUGGCUUAUCUUUAGCAAAAAUGCAGUUUGUAUAUUGGAGUGAACCGUGCUUGAUUGUAAUUAGACUUUCAUACUCUAAUUCUGCUCUCUUUUGAUUUCACUAAUUGCUGCCUUUUUUCCUUACAGGUACAUUGAUAAUCUAACUUUUGUAUCACUAUUAGUUUACGAGUCUAGAUAAUCAGCUACAGAUGAAGACUUCUAUAGGGGAAAGCUUAGCAGUAAAAUCAG